UAUGGCACGAUUCAUCGAGUUUUUCAGCGAUACAUUUUUUACGAUAUAAUAUGUGUAUUUCAUAUAUAUUAUAUCUUGAAUAUUGACAUUUGUGUAAAUAUAUCAUAUAUUUAUAUCACUAGAAAGUAUGAGAGCUACUUGAUUAUAAGUACACUAGACAGAUAAAACACAUGUAAUUACAAAUUUUCUGGAUUAAUCGUGAAAUGUUUGAAACUUGUUAUAAUUUAACCUCGAAUAAGGAAAAGCGAAAGAAAAAUAAAAGAUAUUUAAAUCGCGGUCUGAUUCACGUCUAAAAUACUAUUACCAUCUUUAUCGUUCUAUCUUAAUAAAUGAAGAUAGAAUGACGCUAAUAGCGUUUUGAACGCGAACCGGACCUUGAGAUUAUAUGGGGAAAAAAUUGGACGAUCGAUCCAAGUUAAAAGAAUACUUUUGUAUGUAUGUCGCAAGUUGCGAUUAAAGCGUUGUGGCACAUGGUGAGUAAUCAAUAAAUACGGUUUAUGAGAGAGGUCUACGACUAUAACAGACGUAGCGAAAUGUCAGUGAGUCGGAUAGUAGGAUAGACGGCAGGUUCCGUGAUCAGAUGAAAAUAUUGAUCUGUAGGAUAAGGUAUAUACCCACAUUUGUCAGAAGCAAGAUGUCUGAAGAUUUUAGCAGAUUUUAUCAAAAUUGACUUGCGUGAUAACGGCAGCGACGACGGCGCUCGCGCACUAGUGACGCUUAAACAUCAGCGAUUCUGGAAACAAGGACUUUGAUAACUGUGCCGAUGAUCUCAAUUUUACUUAUGCACUACAAAAAAAUAUUUUAACAGUACUAACUCGAUCAAAAUAUUAACAAGUUUAAAAAAAAAGAUUUCUAUCUUUUUCGGUGAAAAAUCACAUGGAAUCUCGAUUCGAAACUCAAGUACGCAACUGCGGAAUUCGAAACCCAACAAUGAGAUGUACGUACCGCAACACGGAUACGUAUUAUCGACGUUUGUAAAGGUAUAUAACAAGGCUAAUCAAGAUGAUAACGUCGUCGUUAACGUGCAUAAACGCAUAAGCACAUAUCAGCGAUACACUAUAUACACUUUACACGGAAGAACAAGUCUGACUCUUGGCUUAACUACUCGGCGAAUCCAUUCCAAACUGCUUCUUACUCGAUUAUGCUUAUCCUCCGUCCUACGUACUCCGACAAUUGGUUCCACUCACAACAUCGAUAUGGCUCGCAAUACUUGGAGAUUUCCAUAGACGACAGCCCGUACCAUGUCUGCUGGAACUCUUGUAUAGAGACAGGAAUCACGGCGUAUCUCGCAGCCAAAACUAAUGACAUAACAGACUGUGAAUAACGUCGACAACAGCAACAACGACGGCAAUAAUGCCUCUCCCAAAUAUUUUGAAAAAAGCAAGUAGUUAUAUUCUUGGCGAAUGUGGCCAGGAUAAUCGACACGUUAUUUACCAGGAUGGUGAGGUAUUGUUCUGCAAAAAUAAUGUCUGCGUGCAUCCUCCUACAUUAAUGAGACAACACGCCGACGUGGUGCAUCAUCCUGGUUACAUGACUAUAAUUUGCAAGUUGAAUAAAAAUUCCAACUUGCCAAGCUUGCACCUAAGUUGGAUACCUAACAGCACAUUGCGUAAGCAUCCUACCACAUUGGAAAAUUUGAGUGCCAGAAGUGGUACCACAAUCUCCACGUGUUUACAAAUCUCUGAAAAAGCACAUGGUGGCAGUGAUUUAGACGUGAGACUCGAAAAUGAGAAUGAAAAUGAUAUUGAAAGUGAUAACGGAAAUAGGAAAUUAGAUGUGUGCUUGGAGGUGAAGGAACCUGUCAAAUGCGGAGAUUGCGAACGCGUCUGUUCUGGUUCCAGUAAACGUUACAGCUACGACUUUCUGCGUCAUCGAGACCCAAUCACAGUCUCGGGCCGCGAUUGCGAUAUGAAUGCCAAAACUACUGAGAUUGAGAUCGAGAAUCAUCCAAAUGUAGAUUCGAUAGAGCCAAGCAACAAGAAGAACAAUUCGAAAGAGUGGGACUUUAACGACGAGGAGGCAAGCUUCUCGUUUCGCGAUAACGUAAGCAUCAAGAGUCGUAGCUUGUCGUUAACAUCAACGUGCAGUGUGUCAAUCUCGAUACCUAUUGACGCAGAGGAAAUGCCAUCGUGGAUGAGAUCUCCGGAACUCCUAGCGCUACAGCACAAUCUUGUCUUUCCGGAGAGCGCAACCGCAUCACCCGUGACGCUGCGUAGGGCACAUCGAUGCCGAAGAUUUUCGGUGGAUCUCGGCGAGAUGCGAUCGUUGAGACUAUUUUUCGCGGAUCCUGCUUGCACUUGCGGUCAGUUGGUUGUGGCGAGCAGGGAAAGCCAAUACAAGAUCUUACAUUUCCAUCACGGUGGCUUAGAUCGGCUGGCUGCUACUCUACAUCAAUGGCAUCAAUUGCUUUAUCCACGCUUGAGCACAGACACGGAAGAAGCUCUGCCUUACAGGCAUUUUAUGGUAUGUCGGCCGGAAGUAAGCCGGGAUGAACUACAUCCUGAGGAGGGUCAAGUGCCAAUGAUCACAUCGCUCGCUUGGAAAGAUUUAUUGAAUGAACGGGGCCAGGUGGAGGAUGAUCUUGCUCUUCGUAAGGGAAUAUUUUUUGGUGGUUUAGAACCAGCACUACGAAAAAUUGUUUGGCCUUUCCUUUUGCACUGUUACUCUUAUCAAAGCAUGUACGAGGAUAGAGAACAAAUUGACGCGAUUAGGCGACAAGAAUAUGAAGAGAUACAGAAACGUAGACUGAGCAUGAAUCCAGAACAAGCCGAACGUUUUUGGCGAAAUGUGGUGUGCAUAGUAGAGAAAGAUGUUGUUCGUACGGAUAGAGCUAAUCCAUAUUAUGCUGGUGAGGGUAAUCCCAAUGUUGAAGUUAUGAAGAAUAUUUUACUCAACUACGCAGUAUAUAAUUGUCGUUUGGGUUACACUCAAGGAAUGUCCGAUCUCUUAGCUCCGUUAUUAGCCGAACUCAACUCUGAAAUCGAGGCAUUUUGGUGUUUCGCUGGUUUAAUGCAAAGAUCGGUAGCUGUGUGCACUCCGACUGAUACAGAUAUGGACAGAAAUCUAUGCUAUCUUCGAGAAUUAGUGAGAAUUAUGGUACCAGAUUUUUAUGGACAUCUUCAAAAGCACGCGGAUGCCUUGGAACUUCUGUUUUGUCAUCGGUGGAUAUUGUUAUGUUUGAAAAGAGAAUUUCCAACGGAGAUAGCGUUGAUCAUGUGGGAAGCCUGCUGGGUCAAUUACUUAACAGAUCAUUUUCACUUGUUUCUUUGCCUCGCCAUAAUGUGUGUUUACGCGGACGACGUGAUUGCCCAAGAUCUCCGAACGGAUGAAAUGUUGUUGCAUUUCAGUUCAUUGGCCAUGUACAUGGAUGGAAACGUUAUACUUCGAAAGGCGCGAGGCCUGCUUCAUCAUUUCCGUCAGCUUGUGCGCUUACCGUGUACAUUAGCCGGACUAUGCCGACAAUGUGGGCCAGGAAUGUGGGACAGCGCACACGAUCCAGUAAUAGAAUGUGUGGGUCAUGAAGAUAUGCACUGUCCCUACUUAAAUAAUUACGAGUAACUUUAUAUAUAGGAGGAAAGAAAAGAACUCAUCAGUAUUACUUGACGUUCGAAUCAAUUCGUUUCGUCAAGUUAUUAAAGAUUAAAUUCUUGUUCUCUCUCUACACGAACUUUUCUUUAUAACAAACUUUGAUAGUCUAUAAAGAAUCGACCGCAAACACAUUAAUAUUUACAAAAUGCAUCGAGCCUAGCCAUUAUGCUCCACACAUGAAUAAAUUUGGUGUCACAUACGCGACGAUACAUCACUUUGUACAAGUUAUUCAAGCACUAUUUGAACAAAAGAAUAAAACAAGAAUCACCUAUGUUAACCGUCUAUAUUACACAUUAUACAUGCUGAUAUCUCGAGUGCCGAAAUACGAAGACAUAUCUCAGAAUCCAAAUUCACAUCAAGUUCACUUAAAAAGCUUAUGAGAUUUUGACAGCGUUGUAUAUUAAAAUAAAUAUCUGUAAUAUUUGCAAUGUUAAAGACUGACACACAAAUGAAAGAAAAGAAUAACUGGUAAAACUAACAUUCGAAUAUACUCAGUUUUGCGAGAAAUAUCCGUUAUCUAAUUUCACUUCAAUACAAUGUCUAGUUUACUUAGUUUACAAUUUAAUAGAGAGCUCGUCCACUAAAAAUCAUAAAAAGAGAAAUCAAAUCAUACAAGUACAUGAAAAUGCUAUUUAUUGUAAAUAUGUACCCGAAUCGUGUAGGGUAUAAAUCAAUAGCAUUUAUUCCAAAGUGUUCACUUAUGUUCAUAUACAAUACAUGUAUUUCCGCAUACGUAAAAAAUAGUGUACAACUUUCUCUUCUUUCGCGGCUUAAGAUGCAACAUGCCAAAUUUUUAAUUUAAACAGUAAUCAAAUGUAAUUUUUUAAGCUUUAACUGUGCAGUUGCAUCUAUACUACUGUUAUGUUAUGGUGUUUUAUUAGAAAUCAAGUACGAUUACGAAUAAAUAUUAUUGCAAUAAGUUAA